GGUACGAAACUACAUCAGACCCCGAUUUGACAAAAACCUAACUUUAGAUUUGACAAAAACAUAACUCGAAGGGUCUCCAAGAGAAAACAAUGUCACUGACCACAAAAGAAAUAGGACAUGUCAUGAACCUGCUACGGGAGGAUACAGUUAGCACAACCACUUUUGACAGCCUCGGUUCUGCAUUACAACGUCUUGGAUUCAACAAGCAUGAUCAUUUUCGGGUUGGAUCAUCUAUUGUUCUGUUACUACAAAAUCGAGAUCUACUUCCUGGUCCAAAUCAGCGACUUGCCGCAAUAUAUUUGCUUUAUGAUAUGUACAAAGCGGAACCAGUUGCUUCAAACCCUUUUGCUACAGUUUUCGUACACUUGCUGCAAAACACACAAAAUUUGACAAUUUCUCAUGAAAUACCUGCAAUGGGCAAACUCCCUCCAUUGUCAAGUUCUGAAAAAGCAUUUUUGUCGCAGCUGAUAUCAUUACCAAAUAAGGACUUAGUUAAACGUACACCUAAGCAAGUAUUGUUCUCAGAGGGUGAAAAUACUUCUCACCCACAAAAAUCUGUUUAUGAUGUUAGCGGUUUGCAACUUUCUUUAGUGGAGCGGCAAUCCCAACUCCCAGUGCUAAACAAAACUGGUAUACCUUGUGUGAUGCCCCACCCUGAACCUCCCAAUAUGCAAAAAGCCGAUCCGCCAUCGGAUUCAAAGCCUGUUCAGCAACAGGUCCUUGAAAGUUUGUUAUCUGGUAAAUCAGCACCAAUGACAGAAAACAUAAGACCAACCUUUGUGCGACCCAUUCCACUUUUACAUCCUCCAGAUAAUGAAUUGGUCUGGAUGAACCCAACUCUGCCUGCACGUCAUAAAUUCCUCUGGGACAGUCAAAUGACAAAAAAUACAAACAAAGCAGGUGAAGUAAGAAAAUUGAUGACAAAAGCGUUUAAAAAUCCUUUAACGAAUGGUCAACAACAACAACUUCUUGCGCAAUUAAACGAUGAUUCCAAGUUGGUCUAUCAUGUGGGUUUGACUCCAGCCAAACUACCAGACUUGGUUGAAAACAAUCCACUUGUUGCCAUUGAGGUUCUGUUGAUGUUAAUGCAAUCUAGCCAAAUAACGGAAUAUUUUUCAGUUCUUGUGAACAUGGAGAUGUCUCUACAUUCAAUGGAAGUCGUUAACAGACUAACCACAGCAGUGGAAUUGCCAACUGAAUUUAUUCAUUUAUAUAUUUCUAAUUGCAUAUCAACAUGUGAAACGAUUAAGGAUAAAUACAUGCAAAACAGAUUAGUUCGCUUAGUCUGUGUAUUUCUGCAAUCACUGAUACGGAAUCGCAUUAUAAAUGUCAAAGACUUGUUCAUAGAAGUGCAAGCAUUUUGUAUAGAGUUUAGUCGCAUAAGAGAAGCGGCUGGACUAUUUCGCUUGCUGAAGCAAUUGGACACUGCAGAAGCAGAGGCUGCUAAAAAAUAAUGUUUUUACAUAUGAAAUCAAUAUAAAAUUUUCAGUGAUGCCACGUCAUCAAAUAAACUCUCAGAAUUGUGCAA